AUGCUCUUUGAUCAAAACAAAACAGAUGAAUUGAAGCUUAAUCCCAAAUAUUAAAAUCUCUUAAAAUGGGGACUUGAUAAUGGUGUCAUCAUCAAGGAUGUAGAUAUGCCAGCAGCCUUUGGAGAUCUCACUGGAGUUGUUGCCACUAAAGAUAUUGCUCCUAAUACAGUAUUUUAACUUUAUCAUAAAUAUCAGGCAAUUAUCUGUGUACCCUAACCAUUGAUCAUAUCCUAAGAAAAAUGCAAAAUUAGCUCCUUAUCUGUUGUUUAUGAUAAGCAUCCAGAAUUAUUCGAUGAAAAUGAGACAUCCGAUGCAGAAUUUAAUAUCUUAAGUAACUUUGAUCAUAAUAAGUUUAGUUUUCUAUUUGUUUAAUGAAAAGAAAAAGGGUGAACAGUCAUUUUAUCAUCCAUACAUUCAAGCUAUACAAUCGAAUAACACUUUAAUAGAUUGGUCUAAAGAAGAACUUAGUUAUAUUGAAGAUCCAAUAAUACUUGAUGAAUUUGCUAUUGUUAAGGAUGAUCUAAAAGAUUUAUGGAACUAAGCCAAAAAUAUAUUUGAUGAAUUUGUUUAAAUCUUUGGAGAAAUACGACCAACAGAUAAAGAAGACUUUUAUUGGGCUGCUUAAAGUGUUAUGAGCAGAUGUUUUGGCUGGUCAUUAAAAUCUACUAGCAUGAUUCCAAUUGCUGAUUUUCUCAAUCAUUCCAACAAAGCCUGUACACAUUAUUUGGUUCAUUCAAAAAUUGAAAAGCUAGAAUAAGAAAGGCUUCUUGCUAAAUAAAAAAGAAAUAUUAAUAAAGAUGAUAGUGAUAGUGAUCUUGAAAACCUCGAAAAUUUAGAAGAUUCAUUUAUUGAAUUACUCAAAGAACAAUAUAAAUUUAAAGCAAACAAAAUUAAUUUAAAUGCUCUUGAUAUACCAUAAGAUGAAUCUUAACUAAAAUAGUUUGUUGAUUAAAAGAAAAAUUAUAUUCUAUCAAACUAAAAAUUUCUCAACCAAAAUCAAUUGAAAGAUAUUGAUAAUUUAGAUAAUAUAUCUAAUUAAGAUAAAAGAGCCAUGAUCAAUUGGAUAAAUUAUGAACAAAUGAUAUAAAAUCCACAAGUCAACCUUUGGGAUUUAGGAUUUGUUACAUCUUCAGAUAGUGAAGAUAAUGAUUCUGAUGAAGAAGUUGAAAUCGCCAGAAAUAAGUAAUUUGAAACUUUGAAAAUUAAAGAAUUAACUGAUUGGAAAAUUAAAUUUGAAGAAAAAAAAAAAUAGAGAGCCAUAAAAAAAGUAUAAGAUUAAUAAGAAUAAUAAACAGAAUAGCCUAAUUAAAUAGAGUCAUAAAAUUUAGAAGGAGACAAAAAAUAGAACGAUGGAGAUACAAAGAGCUAAAAAGAAACUGAAAGCAUUUUGACAAUUUGUCUAAAUAAUGGUAUUUUUUUUUGAGCAUAAUGCUAGAAAAGAAAAACUUAGUAACCAUUAAAGGUUUGCCUCCACAAUAGAUCUAAGCUUUGAAAUAGAAAUAAUAAUAAAUGCUGGAGGAUUAACAGAAAGAGGUUAAAUCUCUCAUUUAAGAAUAAAAAUAAUAGGAGGAUAAAGAAGCUGAAAGUGAUAGUAGUGAAGAAUCAAAAUGGGAUUGGUUAGAAGAAAAUGAUAAAGAUGCUUAUUUCUGUAUUACAACAACUGAACCUAUAAAAAAACAUGAAUAAGUUACUGUUUCUUAUGGUAGAAGAACAAAUAGAUUCUUACUUAGCUGGUAUGGAUUUACUUUACCUGAGAAUAAAUAUAGCUCCUUUAAUUUUAGGGUAUAAUGUUGAUUCUAACAAAGUUAUGGCUUAAUACAGAAAUUUGUAAAGAGAAGAUUACGAAUUAGAAAUAGAUUUUUGAUACAAUCACAAUUAAUAAAUUGAUUCGUUCAGAAGAAUGGGACACAGGUACAAUCAAAUUUAAUGGAUUUGAAAUACCUAUUUCAUCUAUUACUAAAGAAUUUAGAAUCAAAAAGAAUAAAUUAAAUAUGGAUUUACUCAUGUAUUUGAGAUUAUACCUCAUGCUCUAUUAAGUCUAAGAAAAGGAUGUCUUAAUCACUAUACCAGUAUCAGUGGAUUAUGAAGUAUUUGUUAUGCAAUUUUGUAUCUAAUUGUUACAGCACUAUCUAAAUUCAUACUCUUAAGAAUUAGCUUAAGAUAUUAAAGAACUAGAAUCCUAAAUAUCUUUCUCAAGAAGAUUUGCAGUAAAUAUUAUUGUGAUUUUUAGCUCCAUAUUAAUAAAGAACGUAAAGAAAUACUCAUCAAUUAGAUUAUGAUCUUAUUAGAAGCCAUCAUUAUCUUAAAAAAAUAUAAAGAAAAUAAUGAUUUGAAACAAUCUUACAUAUCAGAGAUUCAUAAUAAUGUCUAUUCUAAAAUGGAAAUUUUAAGAAGCCUUAAGGUGUAUCUCAAAUCAAUUCAUGAAUUCUUAUGA